AUGAAAGACUCAAGUUCUAUCAAAAAACAAUUUAAAAAUAAUACCCAAAUCUUGUCAUCAUUUUAUAAAAAAAUUAUAAAAUGUUUUCAUGACGUUGCCUCUGAUUUUAAAACAUCAUACAAAUUAUUCAAAAUAAAUCAUCCCUAUCUUAACAAAAACAAUAAAGAAUUAGAUAAGGAUGUCCUUAUACUAUUUAAAAGAAAAAUAAAAUUGCUGCUUGAUAAUAUUGAUGACAAAUUAUCAGAAUCAGAUAAAAAAGGAAUAAAAAGACUUAUUAAUAAAGUUAUUGGAAAUCAGACUUAUUCUAAAAAAGCUAAAUUAAUAUUUAAACAAUUGUUAGAAGACAAAUGUAGUGAAUAUAAUUAUAAACCAGUUCAACUGUAUUGUAAAGUCUGUAAAAGAUAUAAUGACUUUGAUAAAAAUGAUAAUUAUUUUUCUUGUAAUCAUUUAAGAAGACCAAUAGAUAUUGUGGAAGUUUUUGAAUUUGCAUAA